AUGCCCACAGACCGACUGCGACCACGAGCAAUGCUCAGAAUGCUGCUAGCACUGCUACUCGUGUCAGCGAGCGCACCAGGGUUGCUUGCGGCCGCAAAGGGAGGGUCACCAGCGUCGGGGUCUGGAGGAGGAGGAAAGGGGGCGGCAGUGAGCCUGCGGGCCAACACGGAGAAGACGGUGCCGCUGCGGACACACUCUCUGUACGCUCCGUACGUCGACUCGGACCUGCAGAACCGCUGGUUCGACUUUGGCGGCUCGACCAUCAUCAACACGAACAAGCACGUCCGGCUCACGCAGGACAGGCCGUCGCAGUCUGGAUGGCUGUGGUCGCGACUCGCACUCGCGCCCAACUCGUUCGAGGUCGAGUUCGAGUUCCGUGUCGACGGCAAGAGCAACACCUUGCACGGAGACGGGUUCGCGGUGUGGUUGACAAAGGGGCGCGCUGGGAUGGGGCCUGCGUUCGGCAACAUCGACUACUGGGACGGGCUGGGCAUCUUCUUCGACACUUACGCCAACUCGCGGCAUUCGUACUCUUUCCCUCGCAUCUACGGCAUCAUGAACGACGGCACCAAGUCGUACGACGUCGGGAAGGACGGCCAGGGUCAGGAGAUUGGCGCUUGCUCGAUCGACUUCCGUCGAACAGACGUGACGGCUAAGGCGCGCAUCACCUACUUCAAGGGCCGCUUCCUCGAGCUCGCCAUCCAGCACGCCAAGUGGGACGAGUGGACGACGUGCUUUGCGGUCGAGGGCGUCGAGCUGCCCUCACAGCCGUUCUUGGGCUUCUCGGCCGUCACAGGCGAUGUCAGCGACAAUCACGACAUCAUCUCUAUAACGACGUCGAACGUGGCUUACCACGCCGCCUCCGCUUCAGCCAACUCCCCUCCGCCCAGACGCGGCGUCCCCGGCGCAUCCUUCUUCUCCUCGCUCUUCCGCAUCCUCAAGUGGGUCUUCCUGCUCGUCGUCGUGGUCGUAGGUGUCAUGGCAUUCCGUGGACGCAAGGCGGCGAGGAACGCGAAGCGGUUCUGA